AUGAAUAUAGAGGAGUGGUUUGACGAUUGGAACGUUGAGACGCUGUAUAAUGAUGAAGUGAAAGGUUGUAAUACUUGUAUUGAUGGCUCUCCCAUUCCUGAAAGUGGUAUAGUAUGUGGUCCUGUACUACGUCUAAUCAAUGUCGAUUAUGAGAAUAGUAUAUAUAAUGGUUCAAUUCUGGUUAUCAUGAAGACUUCUCCAGACAAUUAUGCAGAAAAUAACCCCCCUGUGAUUGAAUAUAUCUGUGGUCCUGCAAAUGUUACUCAUUUGAAUGAUGAAAAUUACUUGGAUUUAUCGGAUAUUGCUGAAUUUCAAUCACAAUUAUUUCAUACUGAUCAGUUAGAUGAUGGAAGUUUCAAAUUUUAUAGAUAUUCAAUUAAGAUUCCUUUAAUGGAUCAAGAACAAAUGGUGAAAUAUUCUUUAGAUGGUAAAUUUAAAUCAAAUUAUAGAUUUUUCAUACCUUCAAGAUCAAGGAAUUUUAAUACCGUUGCAUAUUCUUGUAACGGAUUCUCAUUAUCAGUGGAUACUAAAAACUUUAAUGGUUCAUUAUGGUUUGAUAUCUUAAAGAAACACUCAAACAUUCAUUAUAAUGUAAUGCUGGGAGGUGGUGAUCAAAUAUAUAGUGAUUCUAUUAAAAUAUAUUGUUCAAGAGUUAAGGAUUGGUUAGAGACAAAACAGCCUAUAACAAAAUAUGCUACGAAAGUAACACCUGAAUUUAGAAAAGAAAUGGAAAACUUCUAUUUGAAAGAAUACUUAGAAUGGUAUGGAUUUGGUUAUUGGCGGGGUAGUACAGAUGAUUCUAAGACUACACAACGUUGUUUCCCUUUAGCCAUGGCUACUAUUCCAUCGAUAAAUAUCUGGGAUGAUCAUGAUAUUAUUGAUGGUUUUGGAUCGUAUAGUAGCACUUUUAUGAAAACAGACGUUUUUAGUUCGAUUGGUAAAGCAGCUUACAAAUACUAUAUGUUAUUUCAACAUCACGUUUCCAACGAUCAUACAGUCGAUAAGGAAGCAUACACAAAAUCUAGUCAUUGGAUAUUAGGGAAUGCAUUAGGUCCAUAUAUUGGUGAGAAAUCCCAUUCUGUAAUGACAAGACUGGGACCAUCAAUGGCAUUAUUGGGAAUAGAUUGUAGAACUGAACGUAAAUUAAAAGAAAUUGUGUCUUCUGAAACGUAUGAUAAAAUAUUUAAUAAUUUGAAAAAAGAAGUUGAAAGAGGUAAAUUGGACCAUCUUUUAGUAAUGUUAGGGGUUCCAAUAGCAUAUCCAAGAUUAGUUUGGUUAGAAUGGUUAUUUUCAUCUAGAUUAUUGGUACCAUUGAAAUAUCUGUCAAAAAAGGGUAUUAUUGCAAGAGGCUUAGUAAAUGAAUUUAAUGGUGAUGUGGAGUUAUUAGAUGACUUGAAUGAUCACUGGUGUGCGGGACAUCAUAAAAAAGAACGUAAUUAUCUAAUUACAAAAUUACAAGAUUUUGGUGCUAAAUACGGUAUUAGAAUUACAAUUUUAUCUGGUGAUGUUCAUUUGGCAUCGGUUGGUAGAUUUAGAAGUAAAUUGCAUCUUCAUCAUGUAACUAGUUCAAAGGACGAAACCAAUAAAGAUAUUUUAACUAAACCUGAGGAAGACGUUAGACUUAUGCUGAAUAUAAUCUCCAGCGCUGUCGUAAAUGCACCACCACCAGAUGGAAUGGCUAAAUUACUUCAAUCUAGAGCAAAGUUGCAUACAUUUGACUUUGAAACUCAUGAGGAUACUAUUCCAGUAUUUGAAUAUGAUGUAGAUGGUGAAACAAGAAGACAUAUCGAUUCAUUUAUGAAUAAGAGAAAUUGGUCAGAUAUCAUUCCCGUUCAAAAUGUGAUGGAAAACUGUUAUUUAAAAAGUACACUUAACCUUAAUAUAAAUGAUAAGGUUACUCCAAAUAUUAUAUCUCAAUUAAAAUCAAAUAGCGAUGAUAUGAAUAAGAAAAGACAAAAAUAUCCAGUCACUAAGAGGGGUGUUAUUGCUUCUAUUCAUAUUGAAAAGGACACAACUAACAUUAAUUCCGAGACUGCUUGGUAUGCCAUUCCAAUCCCAGAAUUACAAAAGACAGAACAAAACCUCACCCAUCGUGGUAUUAAACAUUUACUCCUCUGA